AUGGCCUUCAACACCGCUCGAUCCGUUGCAUUGGCAGCUCUUUUAGCUUUUUCGCCCAUUGCCCUGGCUGGAGAUCCGGGCUGCGAAAGCCCAGGCGACCACAUGUGUGCCAUCCUAUUCGUUUCCUCAGUUUUUUCAUUCCCUUCCGGCCCCGACGGACCCGGCCCUUCUGGCAACUCCUGGGGCGGUGUCGUCAAUGGAAACUGCGACACCGUUGUGACGAGCGGUGGCCUGGAGCCUCAGAGCCCUGGGUUUGCGGAAAACAACUGGCAAAUCCUCAAUUCCAACGUCUUUAUGUAA